AUGUCUUUCAAUUUUGGAGCUAAGACGAAUGCGGCGCCAGGAAACACUUCCACGGGGGGAUUUUCCUUUGGAUCGAAUACUAGCAACAAUGCUGCCCCUGCGGCUGGUUCUUCCAGUUUUUCGUUUGGUGCCAAACCAACUAGCGGCGGGUUGAAUCUAAACACAAACCCUUCGUCUUCCAAUUCCGGCGGACUGUUUGGUGCCAAGCCUGCUGGAACUACUGGUGCAAGCACUGGUCUAUUUGGAGCCAAUACGGGGGCCAAUACGGGGAACACUUCUAAUACCACAUCCGGUGGACUGUUUGGCAAUAACAACAACACUAAUGUAAAUAAUACAGCAUCGGGGGGGCUAUUUGGGAACAAUGCCUCCAAUGCCAAUAACACAACUUCCGGUGGACUGUUCGGUAAUGCCAAUGCUAAUCCAAAUAAUGGCAACACGAACAACGCCGGAUCGGGGGGUUUGUUUGGAGGCAAUAACAAUACUGCGUCUGGAGGACUGUUUGGAAACAAGGGCACUAGCACGAACAGUGGAGGACUUUUUGGUACCAGCAACACUGGAAAUACCACAAACACUGGUGCCCCUUCGGGAGGCUUGUUUGGAAGCACUAAUAAUACUGGUACUUCCAGUGGGUUAUUUGGUGGUAACACUAGCACCAAUACCUCAAACACAGCUGGCGGAUUAUUCGGUAACAAUGCCAACACAAAUGCAAACAACCAAGUGAACAACAACGUUCCAACAUCGGCCCAACCUUCGUUUGCCUGGAGUCAGCAGCAAAAAUCACAGCCAUCUAAUGCUCUGCAACAAAUGCAAUCAAAUCAAGCGGUUGCCACGUUCAACAAUAAUUCUAAUAACUACACUCCUACCAUUACAGAUCAAAUCAUUAAAGUCAAGAACUCUUGGGAUCCUUCGUCCCCUAAUUGUAUGUUGAAAACUCACUUUUACAACAAGCUUCCUUCAAAUGAAAGUCUUGCCAAUGUCCAAAGGCCGCAGGAUGAACUACCGGAGGAAUGGGAAAAGGCAAUGUCGAACCGACCCACCAAGUAUAAUUCCAUCCCUGUUAAGGCCAAGGGAUUUGAUGAUUUGUUAACAAGAGCCAACACGCAAACAGAGCAUGUUCGUCAGUCCAGAAUUAUUCUCAAUACGAUAAACGAUAAUCUUACCGAUCUAGGUGAAAAACACGAUCUCAACACCAGUGCAAGGUUAACCGAGUGCAAAGUGAAGUACAAGAACCUGAGCAAGAAAUUACUCAGACUCGCUAUAAUUCUAUCGGUUUUGAAGUCCAGAGGUUACCCAUUAUCAACUGAUGAAGAGCAUUUGAAGUUAGAAUUUGAAAAGUUAUUCAACACUUUGAACGAUCCUGCGGGAUUGGGAAGAACAAACGAAUUAUGGGGUAGACUUUCUAAUCUGAGAGAAAGAGCCAAAAACCUCAGUCAACAGCAGCAAAAAGAAAGUGGUCUACUCAUCACCCAAGAGCAGGUCCAAGAGAGAGAUUUAUCCACAACUAGUAAAGUGACAGAUGUCCUGGGCAAACAGCAACAGGGUAUCCAAUAUCUGUAUGAGCUUAUUCAAACAGAUAAAGAGAAACUGGACAAACUGCUGGAAAAAGUCAACUGA